CAGCCACCAGAAUCCAAUGCGAUUUUCAAAAACGAGUUCAACCUGUUCGAGGUUUGACACCAAUCCGCGAUGGCGUUCGGGUUUUUUCUUCUGACUCUCGUGGGACUUACCUCAUCAGCUCAAUCGCUGCAGUGUAAGGCUUGCGAAUCAAACAUUAGCUGGGAUGAUUGUCAAAGUAAAAUCUUUCUGGAAGACUGUGGUUUGAUCAUAAAUCCCAACAAACCCAAACACGUUCAUCAGUGCUUCCAGCUAGAAGAGAACGACCCCACGACGAAAAAGGUUCUGUAUCGGCAAGGGUGCACCGGAGAUGUUGCGUUCUGUAGCGAACGCCCCAAGGAGAAUAUGCAACAAUGUUCCCUAUGUACGGAUGAUAGCGUAUCCAGCGAGUGCACUUCGAUGGUUCAUCGUGUGAAGAAGACGUCCGAUGGGAAGUUGGUGGAUGUAGUUGAUACGAUCCAUUUCCAGCGAACCGAAGCGAAAGCGAAUCCUUCUGUACCAGGAACUUCACCAGUUAAUUCAUCGACCGUGAUUGAUUUUGCUUCUAAGAAGAACGGCUCGGAUGAGGCGAAUACUUUGAAAGUUGAAAUGAAGAACGGGCAGACUCCCGAAAAAGACGAGACUGGCGUUCAGGUCACAAAUCAGACGGAAGGCGCCUUGAGCACAACGGAACCACCGAAAAUCGUCACACCUAACACGGCAUCCAUUACCCCUCCGAAAAGUGCUUGUAAUCGGAAUGUGAAGACUCCUGCUACUAGUACGGAGAAAGAUCAGGGCAUUUACACUAUCCAGCCGGAUGGAGAGAAUGCAACUGAAACUAGUACCUCGAGCAGUGUUGACCCGCAAGGCCCGAUGAUCGCAACAGGUCCACCUGAAGUCAAAUCGUCGAGAUCGUUCGGUUUGGCUAAUAGAGCAGCUCCAAUCUGGGUAGUUGGACUGUUGGUUGUGGUCAACUUUCUAAAUGUUGAUAUGUGAAUGUAGAUAUUGAAAGCUUCAAUAAAUGAUUUGACAGAAUCGUAAAGUUCUAAA